AUGGCGAGUGAGAAGGUAUGCACGGUAUUGUCGAGGUUGGCUGAGAGGGUGCCCCAAGUACCGCUCUACAUCGCUGGCGCUGUGUCUCUUUCAGUCGUCACAUGUUUACUUUUCCGUAGUCGGCCGCCACGACGAACCCAAGCCAUCGCUGUCAGCAAGGAAAAAGUCCUCGUUCUCGGCGCCACGAGUGGUGUUGGACGUGUCAUUGCUCAGCAGUAUGCUCUUCGAGGUGCAUAUGUCUGUGUGGUGGGUCGCCGAGAGGACAAACUCAACGAGGUUGUGCAGGAAUGUGUCGAGCUUGCUGCUCGGAAUGGGUUCGAGGGUAGAGGGCUAGGAGUGAGAGCCGAUAUCUCCGAUGUCAACGACAUGAUCCGAGUGCGCGAAACGGUGGAAAAGGCAUGGAGCGGCUUGGAUACCGUCAUUGUCGCUGCGGGAGUUUCGACUCUGCAGCCUCUCAUGGCUGUCGCCGGAGUUGAGAUGUCAACUCCGGAUAUCGUAGGAUCUCAGGCGAGUCCGGAGGGCAUUCAACACGCAGUUAACGCUGCUCAAGCUGCCGUCAAUGGCAAUUACCUCGGCUCCCUUGUCGCCGCAGUCACUUUGAUCCCUCUUUUGACCUACACAUCCUCCUCUCCAUCUAUACUGUUGUUGUCUAGUGCUGCAGCAGUAUUACCCCCACCUACCCGGUCCAUCUAUGCCUCAACGAAGUGUGCAUCCCUUAUGUUGUACCAAGCCCUUCAAAUUGAACAUCCUUCCAUCAAAUUUACAUUUUUCUUUCCCGGCACUAUCGAGGGUGACUUCCGUGCCUCUGCGGUGGACAACCCACCCGGUUGGACUACUCCGCCAAAAAUUCACGAAGAUGACCCAAACAAGAAUGGUUUGAAGCGGGAAGUGGUGGCGAGAGGGUGUAUACGCGCGAUUGACAGAGGAGAGAGGAACGUGUAUAUUCCUCGCCAUUACAGGGUUGCACACGUUCUCUAUUGGUUCUGGCCUGCGUUCAUCGAAUGGAGGACCAGCGUGAAAUAUAACUUCAGGUGA